UCCGCAAGAACACCGCCAUAUCCUCAAGGCGCAGAUGUAAUGCAGUGCAGAUCCUAAAAUAGCAAAUGUUUUGGGGAGCAAUGGUAGAAAGGAAGCAGAAAUUCUCCUGUUUCUUCAAAGUGCCUAAAGAUAUUUUCAAUUCUUAGACCCUCCGUCAUAGGGUUUCUACCCAUCGCUGCAAUUUGGAUAUGCAGCAACUUCGGCUGCCGCUGGAAUGCUGCAGAACGGAAUUGCUAUGACAGCAUUGAUCUAGCGGUGGUUGGCUGCUAGCUGUGGAGUGUUGAAGGAAGAUGUCUUGCGGGCCAACGUGUGGUUAUCAUGGUGUCCUGCCCAGAUCCAGCAAACAUCUUCCUAGCUAUUCUAGCCAAGCUACGCUGGGGACCGGCGUUUGUGAGCAGCUCAAGUGCUGCACAGAGUUCAGAAUCCACUGCAGGUGUUCUGUCUCCCAUCUUGAAGAGCAGCAUCUCUGGGUCAUACGAGGUUUCCCCUACCAGUAAUUAUCAAGUGUCUUCGGCAAGCCCGCAAGACAAUGCAGCAGGUUCAGUCCACAUGCUUACCAAUCACCGUGACUUGAAGCCACUACUGAAACGCACUCCAGGCAAUCACGGCCAUUGUCCCAAGACAAACUUCAGGAUACUCCGGGAAUGCUUUGGCGAGGCCAUUGUCUUUCUGGUGGACACAUCCUCGAAUGUGACGGACGCUUUCCUUGUGGCAGCUGGCAACGCCAUGAUGGAGUUUGUCACAACAGCAUCACGCACCACUGCUGGCAGUAUUGCAGUGAUGGCGUAUGGAGCAGCUCGCAGUUACUCUGGCCAGGCGCAAAUGAUCUUCAACAACGAACCAAGGACUUCGAAGGGCAAGCGCCUCCUGAGAAAGCGUAUCAAAAGUAUCGCACGAAGGCCAUCGAUCUCUGAUGCUCCUGAUUUGUCCAGUGCGAUCAGGCUGACUGACCAACUGCAAAGCAAGUCACAAAUUUGGCAGGACAUCGUAGUGAUGAAUCCAAACGGUAUCAGAUAUAUCACACCAUCUGGACAUACAUAUCAAAACCUGGAAUUGCCGUUCCCGUCUUCUUCUCAAGCAUCUCCAUGUUCCAUCGAGAGCACCACCAAGUCUUCAAGGGAUUGCCUGGCCUAUCUUCGUGACAGUCUCUUCACUCACUACCUGUGGAAGCCGAGAAGUAUCUUUGAAGACAAUGUCAUGUUGCCCACACAAGAUCUGCCCUACAUGAUGCUUCCUGCCCAAUGGCCCACACAAACUCAAACACGUGCUGGAUCUCUGAGCAAAAGCACCAGUGCUUCAUCCACCUCGUGGUGCCUCAAUGUGAAGAUUCACAAACUGCACGCUCGGAAGUUGAGGCGUUUCCAGAGCGAUGGCCAGAACUUCACCCUGACUUUGCACAUCAGGUCAAGCUCAGUGCAGCAGACCGUGGACUUUGAACAACACUCCAGCAGGCUUCUUGCAGCGGUUGUGAUGGUUCCAAUCACACCAGGAAUCCAGUUAGCAGAGCACGGAGUAGUGCACUUCAGCAUAUCAACCACCUUGCCAGACAACAGUGCAGAGCAGUCUCUCGCUGUUACUGCCACAGCCCGUCUGGUUUGUGGACACACGCCGUGUACUGCUUAGGGUGGUUAGAGCAGCUUGCGCUGAACAACCAAGUCUACAGCGACGUAACCAUCACAUGUGCUGGUGCAUCAUGGUGUCCGUACUAGCGUUGUAGAAUUCAAGCCCCUUUGGACGGCUCUCUCAGAACCUUGUACAUCUAACGUUAUGAUGCAUGUGGCCUAGUAAGCAAUGCAUACUGAACUGCAUGCCUGCAACUGUAAAAUCCUGAUGCACAUGUGUGGAGUUUCAGUUAGUUGCCAUUGUCACUACUACUAGUACUACUAGUCAACUGACAUGCUGCAUUACAUUCAUCAUACUUCAUAGUGCCUCCAGUACUGAUCAUCGCGGCUGUAUUCCUGAUGGUAUAUGUACACUGUUACACUGUGACCUCUGCAUGGCUGUUGUCUCCUUGUGAUACACAUUCCUCCGCAUGCACAUGUGUGUGUGUGUGUGUGCGUGCGUGCUUGCUUACUGUAUGACAUGAUAGGACCAGCGCAUAGCACAAGCUAUAUGCCUAGCUAUUUGGACUACUCACUGAGUGCUCAAUAGACAUUGCAUGCAAUGCUUUCUACGUUCCACUUGCUCCGGAGUGUUCUCCCUACUAUGCACACCAUAACUAUAGUUCAGUUACUAAGCAGAACUCUCUGUCACAAUACUAUGGACUAAUCUCAAUCGGGUCUGUUCUGGCUGAUGGUGGAUACCUGUGA